AUGGUCAACAUCCUCCUUGCGUUUCUCGCACUAUGCGUCCGGCGGCUUAUUGCUGUGGACCCAGUUGUCGAUCUGGGUUAUGCUCAAUAUCGAGGCGUGUAUCAGGGCAAUGGCAGUGUGAUUAGAUGGGCCGGUAUGCGGUAUGCCCGCUCGGUUUCCCGGGUAGAUGGCUUGCGCUUUACUGCACCCCAAGAUCCUCUCCCGGAACGGCCUGGUAUUGUCGUCGACGCCAGUGAGUUCGGAUCUAUCUGCAUCGGAUCGAAAUCGGUGCUCAAGAAUGAAUUCGGAGGGCGUGAAUCUGAAGACUGCCUAUUCGCGAACGUGUUUGCGCCAGCCGAUGCAACAAACACGAGCGCCUUGCCCGUUUACGUUUUCAUCCAAGGGGGUGGUUUCAAUGACAAUGGAAAUGCCGACUACAAUGGUGCCCAACUGAUCGACGCUGCCAAUGGCCAGAUGGUCGUUGUCAAUUUCAACUACCGGGUCGGCCCGUAUGGAUUCCUUGCUAGCAAGGAGAUUGCUGAAGAUAAAGAGUUAAGCUUGAAUAAUGGCCUGAAAGAUCAGCGCCAGCUGUUGAAGUGGGUGAAGACACAUAUCAGCAAGUUUGGAGGCGACCCAAAUCACAUUGUCCUGGGAGGGGCUAGUGCUGGCGGAGGCUCGGUCGUGAUGCAUUUGACUGCCUAUGGUGGUAGAAACGAUGACCUCUUCCACGCUGCCUUUGCUGAAUCUCCAGCCUUCCCACCAAUACGCAACGCCGAGCAGAGCCAGUUUGCGUACGAUGCCCUGCUGCAAGAGACUCAGUGCGCUGAUCUCAAAUGCCUGCGAGAUAUGGAUGCCGUCUCCUUUCAAGCGGCGGUUCGGAGAAUGAAGGUUGCAUUUCCUCGCGGAUCUGCGCCUCCAGUAUACUUUUGGAAUCCCACGCUUGACUAUAACUUUAUCAAAGAUUAUACCUACAACGAGAUAAAAGCGGGCCAUUUGGUUAGAGUCCCCACGAUUUUCGGGGAUACUACCAAUGAGGGAACGGUGUUCACCCCCAAGACCAUCACUUCUCUGCGUCGUGCCGAGCAGUUCAUCACCAGUCAAUUCACCAACAUCAAUCAAAAGGAAAUAGUCCGCUUUCGGAGGGUGUGGCGAGGACCGGUUGACCCCGUCUUCGACAGUCGAUGGCGAAAGAUCGCUUCCGAUAUCUACGGCCACAUCCGUUACACUUGCGGCGCACUGAACAUAUCGGCUGCCUAUGCCGCAGACGGCACUGUACCCAUUCGGGCGUAUCGAUGGAACGUCGGAACCGCUGUACACGUGUCCGAGCUCCCUGCCAUUUGGAGCAAAGGUUCUACUGCUGCGGGCCGUUUUAUGCAAGGCUAUCUCGCUUCGUUCGUGAGAAGCUACGAUCCGAACAAAUACCCCGUCGAGUUCCGAGUCUCCGGUAACAAGACGCUCGUCUCGCCAAAGUGGGCCACCUUUGGCAACGGCCAGAGGAUGGUCUUCAACAGUGGCGAUGAGGUGGAGAUGGCAGAGCUCUCGCGUGGAGAACGGGCCCAGUGCGAAGUCAUUACUGGAAUGGGAAUCCAGCUCGAGCAGUGA